AUGUGGAUGUGGGGGUCCCUGGGCUGCCUCCUGCUGGCCCUGUGCCUGGGCAGCGGGGUGGCUGGUCCCCUGCAGCAGGGGGGCCUGGGCGAGGCCGUUAGUCACGGGGCGGCCAGCCCGGGCGGGCACGACGGCCAGGCGCUGGGAGACGCCGCCCGCAGCCUGGGCGAGGAAGUGGGCAGACAGGCGGAGGAUGCGAUCCGACGUGGGCUGGAGGGCACCCGCCACUCUGGGGUGUGGGGCUCGUCUGGAGGCCAUGGCGCAUUCAACUCUCAGGGCAGUGCUGGGGGGGCAUGGACCCCCUGGAGACAAGCACAGCCCGGAGGCCCCCAAGCUAGCGCUGGAACCAGCUCUGCGGGCGGCUCUGCCAGCCAGGGAGGGGACGCACGAGGGCUCGGCGUGUUCAACAAUCAGGGCAGUGCUGGGGGGGCCUGGACCCCCUGGAAGCAAGCACAGCCCGGAGGCCCCCAAGCUAGCGCUGGAACCAGCUCUGCGGGCGGCUCUGCCAGCCAGGGAGGGGACGCACGAGGGCUGCUCAACUAUGGCACCAACAACCAGGGAGCUGUGGCUCAGCCCGGCUAUGGCUCCGUGCGAGGCAGCGGUUCUGAGUGCACCAACUCACCACCAUCUGGCUCCGGAGGCAGCUCCAGCAACUUGGGGGGAGGCAGCGGUGGUGGAGGUGGCAGCAGCUCUGGUGGCAGCAGCUCUGGUGGCAGCAGCUCUGGUGGCGGCAGCCACGGCGGUGGCAGCCACAGCGGCAGCAGCCAUGGUGGUGGCAGCGGCAGCAGCAGCAGCAGCAGCAGUGGCGGCAGUGGAGGUUCUGGGUCCAGCCUGGGAAGCGGUUCUGACUCUCCUUCAAGCAGUAGCAGUGGCCACAGUGGAGGCAGUGACGACAGCAGAGACAGUAGCAGCAGUGGCAGCAGCGGAAGCAGUGACGACAGCAGAGGCAGUAGCAGCAGUGGCAGCAGCGGAGGCGGCAGCAGCAGUGGCAGCAGCGGAGGCGGCAGCAGCAGUGGUAGCAGCGGAGAAAAGAGCUGCCCUGUGGGGGCUGGGAUUGGUGAUUCGGAGAAGACUGACAGUCUCCCCUUUCCACAGUGUGACAACGCAGGGACUGAUGUGUGGAUGGCCAGAGAUUCUGGGUGUCAGGAGAACAGAGAGAGCGGUCGCCUCCUAGGGAGCUGGCAGAGUGGCCAUCAGGGCCCAGGGGUCGGUGAGGAGAGUGGCAGAGGCGACACCUUCGGCGAACUCAACACAGUGAACUCUGCGAACUCGCCCUUCAACUUUGACUACUUCUGGAAGAACUUAAAAUCCAAAAUGGGCUUCAUUAACUGGGAUGCUGUGGACAAGGGUCACGUCCCGUCUCCCAGCACCCGAGUUCUGCUCUACUUCCGCCGGCUCUGGGAGGAUUUCAAACGCAGAACUCCUUUCUUCAACUGGAAAGAAAUUGAGGGCGUGGACCUGGCCUCCCUCCAGAAACGGGCCGGGGGCGCCGCCCAGUACAACAAGCAAGUGUACGCUGCUGACCAGAACUCCGUGAAGACACCCCUGAAGGUGAGUCUGGACCCAGCCGUGUUUGACACGCUGGUGCCCUGA